AAUGAAAUGCGUGAUCGCCAUCUAGUGACAAAAAGGCUUACGGAGCAUGUUUCAGAUAAAACAAAACUGCCAAUUUUAAUUUUCCCAGAAGGAACCUGUAUUAACAACACAUCUGUAAUGAUGUUCAAAAAGGGAAGUUUUGAGAUAGGAGGGACCAUUUACCCAGUGGCAAUAAAGUAUGAUCCUCAGUUUGGUGAUGCCUUCUGGAAUAGCAGUAAAAACAGUAUGGUCAGCUACCUUCUACGUAUGAUGACAAGCUGGGCCCUCAAGUGCAACGUGUGGUACCUGCCACCAAUGACACGACAGGAAGGAGAGAGUGCUGUUCAGUUUGCCAACAGAGUCAAAUCUGCUAUCGCCAAACAAGGAGGAUUGGUUGAACUUCCCUGGGACGGAGGCCUGAAAAGAGACAGAGUGAAAGACUCUUACAGAGAAGAGCAACAGAAGAACUACAGCAAGAUAAUUGUAGGGGAAAACCACAUGUUACAGACGACAACAAACUGAUUCACUUUUCUAUUUCAUUGACACUCUGAUUCAUCAAGCAGGAUUUCUUUAUUCAGUGCUUUAUUUGCACUUAUGAAAUGUCACAUGUAGAUAACUUCUUUUUUUUUUUUUUUUCCCCUUUCCAAAACGAGGUACCAAGAAUGCAUUAGUAAUCAAUGUUUUAUAACCAUCAUGCUUGACUUGCAUUGCACUUAUAAGAUAUCAUCUACUGGAUUUCAAGAGGAUAAGCAUAAGUUAUAUCAACUACAGAGCCUUUAAAUAAAAAAAUCUGUUAAGACGGAUAUGGUUGCUAAAGGCUGUCAAUCAACUUUUAAACGGAACACUAAAUAAGCUGCAAUGAAAUCACAAUUUGGGAUUGUAAAAAAUGUUUGAUCCCUUUAGGGGUAACUUGAAAGAUCUAGCUAGAAGAGGUCACUGCUUGUAUAUCUCCAAAUGGUGUGGUGUUGUGUCUUAAGUAAUAUCUGUUAGGGGCAUAAAAUUAUUGCUGAUUA